GGCACCGGUGGGCCUGGGUGGGAGGUGGUGGGGGCAGGGAUCCCCCCAGGUUGUAGGGCUUAGGACGAGGGAGAGAUCCUGCCCUCCUGGGUGGGGCAUCCUCUACCCCCCCCCACCACACACCCACACACACACACAGGCCAUGACAGUCACAGAGAGGGGAAGAGAAAACAGGGACGGUGACACACGCAGAGAGAAGGAAGAGCAGACAGAGGUCCAGGGGGAGACCCCCACGCCCAGGAGGCCAGCCGGGAAUGUGGAGCCCAUGCUGGCCCCAGUGGAGGGAGCGGAUUUCCCCAGAGCCGGGAGGCAAGCCUGGGGCUCCCCCGCCCUGUCCCUGCCCGCCUCCCCGCCAUCUGUCCCGCUGCCAUCCCUCCAGGUGGGAGCCAUGCUCCUGAGCCCGGGCGAGGGGCCGGUGGCCGAGGGUGGGGGUCUGGGGCCGGGUGAGGAGGCCCCCAAGAAGAAACACCGGAGGAACCGCACGACCUUCACCACCUACCAGCUGCACCAGCUAGAGCGGGCGUUCGAGGCCUCCCACUACCCGGAUGUGUACAGCCGCGAGGAGCUGGCGGCCAAGGUGCACCUGCCUGAGGUGCGGGUACAGGUGUGGUUCCAGAACCGCCGGGCCAAGUGGCGGCGCCAGGAGCGGCUGGAGUCGGGCUCAGGCACUGUGACAGCCCCGAGACUCCCCGAGGCCCCAGCGCUGCCGUUCGCCCGCCCCCCGGCCGUGCCGCUGCCCCUGGAGCCCUGGCUGGGCCCCGGACCGCCAGCUGUGCCAGGCCUGCCCCGCCUCCUGGGCCCGGGCCCGGGGCUGCAAGCGUCCUUCUCGCCCCACGCCUUUGGUCCCCCCUUCGCGGACGGCUUCGCCCUGGAGGAGGCGUCUCUGCGGCUGCUGGCGAAGGAGCACGCGCAGCCCCUGGACAGGGCCUGGCCGCCAGCCUGAGCCUGCGCCCUCCCAGGCCCCUCCUCGGCCCCACCCGAGAGCCGGGGACGUGCCCUGGUGACAGCCACCACGCCUUGGGCUAGGCCGAGGUCACGGAGCAACCAUGGUCAGACCUGCCAUCACUGGGGAACGGGACCAGAGGGACAGCCUGCUGGGUCUCCGGCCCCCGGCCCGGUCCCCAUCCCCCACCCAUCACCACCCAUCCUGCUGGCAGCGGACGGGCCCUAAGUGUCAGGCAGGAGAUGUUCUGAGCAUUCCCAGGCCUGGGGCAGGGCCCUCCUCCCCUCCUCGGGCCUCAGUCUCCCCGUCUGUUAAGUGGGCAUAGGCGCGUCUGAGAUUCCCGGGCUGGGAGGCUGUGGGUGGCUGGGCUGAUGACUCUGUGACAUGAGUCUAAAUCUCUCUGCCUGCCCCUAAUCCCCGUCAGCAGAGACGCCUGCUCUCCAGGGCUCCCUGUCCCCAGGAGAUGACAAGUAACAGCAGCUCUGGCGAGCCUGGCCUCCACUCACCGUGUGCCCGCUGUGCCAGUGUCCCCCCUCCAGUCCGCCCUGGACCUCAGGCACGGCUGUCAGCCCACUCUACAGAGAGGGAAAGCGGGGCUCAGGCAGGAAGCCAGGUCCCCGCGGUUGCAUGGCCAGGAGUGGGUGGAGCUGCCUUUCAGACUGAUCCCCGUUCCCACCAUCCGAGGCACGGCAGCAGGUUCUGGAGGGAGGGUGGGUCCCGGGCCAGGGACUGGUGGGACCCUCAUGCAGAGGCAGGCGAGGCUGAGGCCGUGUCGUCAUUGUCAGCCUCUGCUCCCCACGUCCCCAGCGUCUCCAGGCCCUGUGCGUGUCCCCCAGUCCCGCAGGGGCACGGCCAGCACCUGCUCUGUCCACCCCGGUCGUAGGGCAGCAGGAGAGGCCGGAGCCACAGGACGGGACAGCCGGGGGCAGGGCCACCUCCCAGGCCAGGGUAGGAGCUGCAGCGGCCACCCUCCCUGCCUCCAGCCCAGGCUCCCAGAUCGCUCCCGGGUCACCGGCACACCCCAUCUCCAGGUGGCACCUCACACCAGUCCUGAGGCCCAACGUCCAGCCACCACCCAGCAUCACCGUGCGCCGGUCACUCGGGACACGGCAGUCAGCACAAGAAAGAUGUGCUCUUUAAAAGCUAAACCAGGCGCGGCGCAGCGGCUCAUGCCAGUAAUCCCAGUGCUUCGGGAGGCUGAGGCGGGAGGAUCGCUUGAGCCCAGGAGCUGGAGACCAGCCUGGGUGACACUGCAAGACCCUGUCUCCACGACACUUUCUGAAAUUUGCCGGGUGGGGUGGAGCACACCUGUCAUCCCAGCUACCCCAGAAGCUGAGGCAGGAGGAUGGCUGGAGACCCGAAGGUCGAGGCUGCAGUGA